AUGAAUCCUUUCAGGCCAUCACAGGAUCACGCAGAAGGUUCGGACCAACACGAGCAAGAGAACCGAGGAGGAGAGAAUGUGGGAGGAGGGGAGGAAAUGGGAGGAGAUAAUGUGAGAAGAGAGGACGAUGAUCACGCGGAAGGUUUGGGCCAACACGAGCAAGAGAACCGAGGAGGAGAGAAUGUUGGAGGAAGGGAGGAAAUGGGAGGAGAUAAUGUGAGAAGAGAGGACAGUGUUGGUUCUUCGAGAGGAUCUUACACCCCACGUGAAGAAGAGGUACCUCUCACCAUUACUCUCGGAAGAGAAUCGCAAGUCCUAAAUGUGGAGCCAAUUCUUACAAUCCGUCCAGAGUCGCAGGAACAAGGGGUUCGCAAAUCCGACAGGCUGUGCAACCCGCUGGUUAAAUUUACCCCGCCCACUAUUCCUAGGAGAGGGAAAAAAUGA